AUGUGGAUUCAGUGGAUGCAUACUUACUACAUAAAGGGGAACACGGUAUGGAAUACAGAACCAAAGAAUGCAUCAUGGGCCACACAAAAGAUUUUUAAAGCAAGAAACUACUUUGCAAAUGCAGGGCUCUCAGAAGAAGAUGUCCAGAAGAUGGAGAAAUAUUCUGUCAAACAACUAUACAAAACCAUGCAAGGAGACUUUCCAAAGAUGACAUGGAGAAAACUAGUAUACAACAAUCAGGGACAACCCAAGUGGACAUUCAUUCUAAGGCUAGCAAUUCAGCAAAGAUUGUCUACUAAAGAAAAGCUAGCAAGAUGGGGUAUAAUUGCAGAACAAACAUGCUCAUUGUGUAACAAGGAAAAUGAAACAGUGCAACAUCUAUUUUUUGACUGUGAGACAACAAGGAAAAUAUGGCUUCGACUACUGGAAUGGCAAGGUAUACGAAGACCAAAGAAAGCUUGGCAAGAGGAAGUGACAUGGAUGGCACAGAUAAGCAAAGGAAAGAGUGCAUGCGCAACAGUAUGUAAGAUGACCCUAGCAGCUGUAGUCUACCACAUUUUGCAAGAAAGAAAUAGUGUGAUUUUUCAGAAGAAAACGAGAACAAGCAAUGUCAUAUUACGACUAAUCAUAUAG